AGGGCAAAGAAGAAAGAAAUGAAAAGUUGCAAGACGUUCUCCAGGUCAAAGUCCAUCUGCCUGGCUUGUUUUCCCCAAACUCCCAGACUCAUUAGGUUGGAGAGGCCUCCUUCCUACCUGACAACUGAAGAGGUUGGUGAGGAAGAUGUCCUUACUUUUCCUCUGGAGUUUGGUUAUUUUCUUGACGUUUGCUGAAUCAUAUGGUGAAGCUGGAGGACCCGAGCUGCAGAGACAUAAAAGAAAUACUGAGCUCCAACAGCCUCGAAUGGCUGCAGAGAGGGGCAAUUUAGUGUUUUUUACUGGAUUGGCUCAAAACAUUGAAUUUAGAACUGGAUCCCAGGGGAAGAUUAAAUUAAACGACGAAGAUGUUGGUGAAUGUUUACGUCAGAUCCAGAAAAACAAAUUUGACAUUAUGAAUUUAAAAAGAGGUAUAAUUGGUCUGCCUCAAAAUGUUUCUAGUCAAAUCCAUCAGCUUGAGUCCAAGCUAGUGGAUCUUGAGAGAAGAUUUCAAAGCUUACAGCUGACUGUUGACGGGAAAGUUUGCAGCAGCAAUCCCUGCCAGAACGGUGCAACUUGCCUCAACCUCCACGAUUCCUUUUUUUGCAUUUGCCCCUCACAGUGGAAGGGUCCUCUGUGUUCAGAUGAUGUUAACGAAUGUGAGAUUUACUCGGGAACACCCUUGGGCUGCCAGAAUGGAGCCACGUGUAUAAAUACACCAGGGAGUUACAGUUGUCUCUGCUCGCCUGAGACCCACGGCCCCCAGUGCGCCUCCAAAUAUGAUGACUGCGAAGGGGGCUCGGAGAUGCGUUGCGUGCACGGCAUCUGCGAGGACCUGACCCGAGUGCAGGCUGGAGAGCCCAGGUUCCGCUGCAUCUGCCACGCUGGGUGGACGUCCCCAUCGAACAGCACGGCCUGCACGCUGGACAGAGACGAGUGCAGCUCCUGGCCUGCACCUUGUUCAGCGCUUGUGCCGUGUUUCAACACCCUGGGCUCCUUCUACUGCGGGGCCUGUCCGACAGGCUGGCAAGGAAAUGGAUACAUUUGUGAAGAUAUCAAUGAAUGUGAGAUAAAUAAUGGCGGUUGUUCUGUGGCUCCACCUGUUGAGUGUGUCAACACACCUGGAUCUUACUACUGUCCUUCCUGUCCACCAGGCUACCAGGGUGAUGGAAGAAUGUGCACACUCAUAGACCUCUGCUCGGUCAAUAACGGAGGCUGCCACCCCCACGCGGCCUGCUCCUUGAUUCUAGGUUCUUUGCCCCUCUGCACGUGUCUCCCUGGAUAUACCGGAAAUGGUUAUGGGCUCCAUGGAUGUGUGCCCCUCAGUAACGUUUGCCUCACUCGCCCCUGUUUACACGGACAAUGCAUGGAAACAGCCUCUGGUUAUGUUUGUAAUUGUGACUCGGGUUGGGCUGGUAUGAACUGCACCGAAAACAUCAACGAGUGUCUGAGCAACCCCUGUUUGAAUGGCGGGACCUGUGUUGAUGGCAUUAAUGCUUUCAGUUGCGAAUGCACCCGUUUCUGGACGGGAUCCCUCUGUCACCUUCCCCAGCAAGUUUGUGGAGGGACCAUGUCAGAUGUGAGCGGAAGUUUCAGCUACAUGAGCCCUGAUGUUGGUUAUGUUCAUGAUGUUGACUGCUUCUGGGUUCUCCGAACUGAAGAGGGAAAGGUGCUGCGUAUCACUUUCACUUUUUUCCAAUUAGAAUCAGUGGACAAUUGUCCACAUGAGUUUCUUCAGAUUCACGAUGGCGAUUCGCCUGCUGCAUUUCCACUGGGAAGGUUCUGUGGCUCCAGCCCCCCUCAUGAACUCCUCAGUAGUGACAAUGCCCUCUAUUUUCAUUUCUUUUCUGAACAUUUAAGAAAUGAGAGAGGCUUUACAAUCAGAUGGGAAACACGGCAACCAGAGUGUGGAGGUGUCCUGACCGGGACUUACGGUUCUCUUAAGUCUCCAGGAUAUCCCGGAAAGUAUCCCCCAGGAAGAGAUUGUGUGUGGAAAGUGAUAGCCAGUCCCGAUCUCCUGAUAACAUUUACUUUUGGGACCUUGAGUCUGGAGCACCAUGAUGAUUGCCGCAAAGAUUACCUUGAGAUUCGAGAUGGCCCUUUGCAUCAGGACCCCGUUCUUGGGAAAUUCUGCACCAGCCUCUCUGUCCCACCACUCCAGACUACAGGUCCCUUUGCCAGAAUUCAUUUCCAUUCCGACAACCAGAUUAAUGACCAAGGGUUUCACAUCACCUACUUGACAACACCUUCCGACCUGCAUUGUGGAGGGAACUUCACAGACCCAGAGGGUCUUCUCUCUCCUGACUUGUCUGGACCUUUCACGCACAGCAGACAAUGCAUCUAUGUCAUAACGCAGCCCCUGGGAGAGCAAAUCCAGGUCAACUUCACCCACGUGGAGCUGGAAGGCCAGAGUGGCUGUUCUCAGAGUUACAUUGAGGUUCGAGAUGACCAAACCCUACUUGGAAAAGUCUGUGGCAAUGAAACCCCCUCUCACAUUAAAUCCAUUACUAAUAGUAUCUGGAUCAGGCUUAAAAUAGAUGCUUCUGUUGUAAGAGCUAGUUUCGGAGCUGCUUAUCAAGUCGCUUGUGGGGGUGAAUUAACUGGAGAAGGGGUCAUUCGCUCGCCCUUUUAUCCUAAUGUGUAUCCGGGAGAAAGGAUCUGCAGGUGGACCAUCCACCAACCCCAAAGCCAAGUAGUUCUUCUCAACUUCACCGCCUUUGAAAUGGGAAGUUCUGCCCACUGUGAUACAGAUUAUAUUGAGAUUGGUAGCAGUCCCGUCUUGGGUUCUCCUGAAAAUAAAAAGUAUUGUGGCACAGACAUACCUUCGUUUAUAACAUCCGUGUAUAAUUCUCUUCAUGUCGUAUUUGUGAAAAGUUCUUCUACUGAAAAUCAUGGUUUCAUGGCUAAAUUUAGUACCGAGGCUUUGGCAUGUGGAGAAAUUCUUACAGAGUCAUCAGGAAUAAUUCAAAGUCCUGGCCAUCCAAAUAUCUACCCCCAUGGUGUUAACUGUACCUGGCAUAUAUUAGUACAACCUGGUCACCUGAUUCAUCUGGAAAUCAGGCAAUUUCACCUGGAGUUUCAUUAUAAUUGCACCAGGGACUAUCUAGAAAUUUAUGACACUGUUUCUGAUACAUCUCUUGGAAGAUACUGUGGAAAAUCCAUCCCACCCUCUCUUACCAGUAACACCAACUCUUUAAAGCUUAUAUUUGUGGCUGACGCUGACCUUGCUUAUGAAGGCUUUGUAAUAAACUAUGAAGCAACUGAUGCAUCAGCAGCGUGCUUGGAAGACUAUACAGACGAAUCUGUUUUCACUUCUCCAAACUUCCCCAGUAAUUACCCCAAUAAUAUGGAAUGCAUUUAUAGGAUAACUGUGGAAACCAGCCAACAGAUUGCACUGCAUUUCACAGACUUCUCCUUGGAGGAGCCCAUUGGUGGAGCAUGUGCAGCAGAUUAUGUGGAAAUCACUAAUGGAGGCUACGCAUCUUCACCGCCCCUGGGAAAAUAUUGUGGUUCAAAUCCACCUCCAAGAAUCAUCUCCCACAGUAACAAACUUUGGUUAAAAUUUAAGAGUGACUUCUUUGGCUCAGGGCCCGGAUUUUCAGCUUAUUGGGACGGAUCACUAACAGGGUGUGGGGGCAACCUCACCACCCCCACUGGCACGUUCACGUCUCCCAACUACCCAAUGCCUUACUACCACAGCUCCGAGUGCUUCUGGUGGUUGAAGUCCAGUCACGGCAGUCCCUUUGAACUGGAAUUCAACGACUUCCAUUUGGAGUAUCAUCCGAAUUGCACUUUAGAUUAUCUGGAUGUAUAUGAUGGGUUAAGUACCAGCUCUCAUUUGCUAACUCGACUUUGCGGAAAUGAGAAACCACCUCUUAUCCGUUCCACUGGAGACAGCAUGUCUUUAAAACUGAGGACAGAUGAAGGUCAGCAAGGAGGUGGCUUCCUGGUUAAAUACCAGCAGACAUGUGAUAAUGUGGUGAUUGUGAAUCGAACCUAUGGCAUCUUAGAGAGUAUACAUUAUCCAAAACCUUAUUCUGUCAAUCAGCGCUGCAACUGGACCAUCCAAGCAACAGCUGGAAACACAGUGAACUAUACGUUUUUGGCAUUUGAAUUGGAAAGUCACGCAAACUGCUCCACCGACUAUUUAGAGCUCUACGAUGGCCCACAGCGGAUGGGGCGCUUCUGUGGAGCAGUCAUUCCACCAUCCGGGAGCACCACAGGCUCCAGGCUUCAAGUGCUGUUCCACACCGACGGGGUUGGCCAAGGAGAGCGAGGGUUUCAGAUGCAGUGGCUCGUCCACGGUUGUGGUGGAGAGCUGUCUGGCGAUACUGGCACCUUCAGUAGUCCUGGCUACCCUGUGGGGUACCCCGCCAACAAGGAGUGUAUCUGGUACAUUCACUCCUCCCCCGGGAGUAGCAUUCAGCUCACCAUCCACGACUUCGAUGUGGAAUAUCACGCAACUUGCAACUUCGACGUCCUGGAGAUCUAUGGAGGCCCUGACUUCCACUCUCCCAGGAUAGCCCAGCUUUGUGUGCAGAGAUCAGCUGAGAACCCCAUGCAGGUCUCCAGCACUGGGAAUGAGCUGGCCCUCCGAUUCAAGACCGACAGCUCUGUAAACGGGCGAGGCUUCAACGUCUCCUGGAGAGCAGUCCCUGGAGGUUGUGGUGGCAUUUUCCAGGCUCCCAGUGGAGAGAUUCAUUCUCCAAAUUACCCCAGUCCUUAUAGGAGCAACACUGAGUGUACCUGGCUCAUUCAGGUGGAAAAAAAUCACCGUGUUCUCCUGAACUUCACAGACUUCGACCUUGAACCCCAGGACUCUUGUAUCAUGGCAUUUGACGGUUUAAGCUCUGCAACCGCCCGCCUGGUCGGCGUGUGUGGAAGGCAACAGCUGAGCAACCCCAUCAUCUCUACAGGAAGCAGCCUCUUUGUGCGAUUUCAGUCUGGCCCUUCCAGACAGAGCCGGGGCUUCCGAGCUCAGUUUCGACAAGCCUGUGGCGGCCACAUCCUCACCGACUCCUUCGAUACCAUCUCCUCUCCACGGUUCCCUGCCAGCUACCCAAACAAUCAGAACUGCAGCUGGAUCAUCCAAGCUCAGCCUCCGUUCAAUCAUAUCACCCUCUCCUUCAGCCACUUUGGGCUUGAAAGCAGCAGCACAUGUACCCGGGACUUUGUAGAAAUUUUGGACGGCAGUCACAGUGAUGCGCCCCUGCGAGGCCGCUAUUGUGGCUCCUCCAUGCCCCAUCCCAUCACUUCCUUCGGCAAUGCCCUGAUGCUGAGGUUCGUCUCAGAUUCUUCAGUGAAUUUUGAUGGUUUCCAUGCUACCUAUGUGGCAUCAACAUCAGCUUGUGGUGGAAUCUUCCACAUGGCUGAAGGCAUCUUCAACAGCCCUGGCUACCCAGAAGUUUAUCCCUCUAAUGUGGAAUGUGUUUGGAAUAUUGCCAGUUCCCCUGGCAACCAGCUCCAGCUGUCUUUUAUAACUUUCCAGUUAGAGGAUUCUCGGGACUGUAGCAGAGAUUUCGUGGAGAUCCGGGAAGGAAACGCCACGGGUCGCUUGGUGGGAAGAUACUGUGGAAAUGUCCUCCCCCUUAAUUAUUCGUCCAUCAUUGGGCAUGACCUGUGGAUCAAAUUUGUCUCUGAUGGCUCAGGCAGUGGUGUUGGCUUCCAGGCUGCAUUUAAUAACAUAUUUGGCAAUGAUCAUAUUGUGGGAACUCAUGGGAAAGUCGCCUCUCCCUUAUGGCCUAGAAAUUACCCUCACAACUCCAAUUACCAAUGGAUCGUGAAUGUGAAUGAAUCUCAAGUUAUCCAUGGUAGAAUCUUGGAGAUGGACGUUGAAGGAACAUUUAACUGCUAUUAUGACAAGUUAAGGAUUUAUGAUGGGGCUGACAUUCAUUCCCGCCUGAUUGGAACCUACUGUGGUGCCCAGACUGAAUCUUUUAGCUCCACUGGAAGUUCCUUGACGUUUCAGUUUUCUUCUGACUCUUCAAUCUCAGGGAGAGGAUUCCUUCUGGAGUGGUUUGCAAUGGAUGCCUCUGAUGGGCCUUUACCUACCAUUGCUACAGGUGCUUGCGGUGGGUUCCUGAGGACAGGGGAUGCGCCCGUCUUUCUUUACUCCCCGGGCUGGCCUGGGAGCUACAGUAAUGGUGCCGACUGCAUGUGGCUGAUCCAGGCUCCGGAUUCUACGGUGGAACUCAACAUCCUUUCCCUGGACAUUGAAUCUCACAGGACAUGUGACUAUGAUAAACUUGUGAUAAGAGAUGGAGACAACAACAUGGCCCAGGAGCUAGCAGUUCUCUGUGGCAGAGAGAUCCCUGGCCCCAUCCGAUCUACGGGAGAGUACAUGACGAUCCGGUUCACCUCAGACUUCAGUGUAACCCGGGCGGGCUUUAACGCAUCCUUUCACAAGAGUUGUGGUGGCUACUUGCACGCAGACAGAGGAAUCAUCACGUCGCCCGGGUAUCCAGAAGCCUACACUUCCAACCUCAACUGCUCUUGGCACGUCCAGGUCCAGCAGGGUCUGAGCAUCGCUGUCCAUUUUGAACAGCCCUUCCAGGUGUCAAAUAGAGAUGCCUUUUGCAACCAAGGGGAUUAUCUGGUGCUGAAAAAUGGACCUGAUAUCUAUUCUCCACCCUUGGGGCCCCACGGAGGCAAUGGUCGUUUCUGUGGCAGUCGCCCUUCGUCCACUCUGUUCACCUCAGACAAUGAACUGUUUGUUCAGUUUAUCUCUGAUAAUAGCAACGAAGGGCAAGGAUUUAAGAUCACAUAUGAGGCAAAGAGUUUAGCCUGUGGGGGCAACAUUUACAUCCAUGAUGCAGAUUCAUCAGGUUACGUGGCCUCCCCCAACCACCCUGACAACUAUCCCCAGCAUGCCGACUGCAUUUGGGUUAUAGCAGCCCCUUCUGGAAGGCCCAUAAGACUGGAGUUUGAAGAUCAAUUCAGUAUCGAAAUAACACCCAACUGUACAUCCAGUUACCUUGAGUUGCGAGAUGGAGCUGAUUCAAAUGCACCAGUACUUGCCAAGUUUUGUGGAACAUCUUUGCCGCCCAGUCAGUUGUCCUCGGGGGAGGUGAUGUAUUUGAGAUUCCGGUCUGACAACAGCCCCACUCAUGCAGGAUUCAAGGCCAAGUAUUCUAUAGCCCAGUGUGGGGGAACAGUGACGGGGCAAAGCGGUGUCAUUGAAAGCAGCGGCUACCCAGCACUGCCAUAUGCAAACAACUUGUUCUGUGAGUGGCGUCUCCAGGGGCUCUCGGGACAUUAUCUCACCAUCCAUUUUGAAGACUUUAACCUUCAGAAUUCAUCUGGCUGUGAGCGAGACUUUGUGGAGAUCUGGGAAAACCAUACCUCUGGUAAUUUAUUGGGCAGAUACUGUGGAAAUACUGUUCCUGACAGCAUAGACACUUCCGGCAAUGUUGCUUUGGUCCGAUUUGUCACGGAUGGUUUUCUCACUGCCUCGGGAUUCAGGCUACGGUUUGACUCUAGCAUGGAAGGGUGCGGUGGGGAUCUCCAGGGCCCUACAGGAACGUUUACUGCCCCCAACUACUUGAACCCCAACCCUCACGGCUGGAUGUGUGAGUGGAGAAUCACUGUGCAGGAAGGAAGACGGGUCACCCUGACUUUGAACGACCUGAGACUGGAAGCCCAUCCAUUCUGCAAUAGUGAGCAUGUGGCAGUGUUUAACGGCAUCAGAAGUAACUCACCCCAGCUAGAGAAACGAUGCAGUAGCGUGAAUGGCAGCAACGAGAUCAGAUCUUCAGGGAAUACAAUGAAGGUUGUGUACUUCACUGAUGGGUCCAGGCCGUAUGGAGGCUUCACCGCCUCCUACACAUCCAGUGAAGAUGCAGUGUGCGGUGGGUCCCUCACAAAUUCCCCUGAAGGAAACUUCACUUCUCCUGGCUAUGAUGGCACCAGAAAUUACUCAAGAAACCUCAACUGCGAAUGGACCCUCAGCAAUUCAAAUCAAGGAAAUUCCUCCAUUUACAUCGAUUUUGAGGAUUUUUACCUAGAGAGUCACCAAGACUGUCAGUUUGAUGUCCUGGAGUUCCGAGUGGAUAAUGCUGAUGGGCUUCUGAUAUGGAGACUUUGUGGAUCUUCAAAACCUACUAUGCCGUUGGUUAUACCUUAUCCUCAGGUGUGGAUACACUUUGUCACCAACGAACGUGUAGAACACAUUGGAUUCCGUGCACGCUAUUCCUUUACAGACUGUGGUGGAAUACAGAUCGGGGACCAUGGAGUUAUCUCAAGCCCCAACUAUCCAGCCUCUUAUGAUAGCUUGACCCACUGUUCUUGGUUGUUGGAAGCCCCGCAAGGCCACACCAUCACUCUGACUUUCAGUGAUUUUGACAUUGAAGCCCAUGCAAGCUGUGCUUGGGACUCUGUCACUGUCAGAAAUGGUGGUUCUCCUGGAUCACCCAUAAUAGGACACUACUGCGGAAGUUCAAACCCCAGGACAAUCCAGUCUGGAUCCAACCAGCUAGUGGUGAUUUUUAACACAGACAGCUCAGUGCAAAAUGGUGGAUUUUAUGCUACCUGGAACACGGAGACUUCAGGUUGCGGUGGCAUAUUGCAUUCAGAUACUGGUACGAUCAGAUCCCCUCACUGGCCUCAGAAUUUCCCCGAGAACAGCAGAUGUUCCUGGACCGUCAUCACGCACCCAAGUAAACACUUGGAGAUCAGCUUUGACAACAACUUCCUAAUCCCCAGUGGUGACAGCCAGUGUCUGAACAGCUUUGUGAAGGUGUGGGCGGGCACUCAGGAGGCGGACAAGGACCUGUUGGCCACGAGCUGUGGGAACGUGUCCCCUGGUCGCAUCAUUACGCCCAGAAAUGCCUUCACUGCUGUGUUCCAGUCUCAGGAGACGCCAGCUCAGGGCUUUUCUGCAUCCUUCCUAAGCCGAUGUGGAAGGAAUUUCACUAACCCUUCAGGUUACAUUGUUUCUCCAAACUACCCAAAGCAAUACGACAACAACAUGAACUGCACCUACAUCAUCGAGGCCAGCCCUCUGUCUGUGAUCCUCUUGAAGGUGGUGUCUUUCCAUCUGGAAGCUCGCUCCACCGUGUCAGGAAGCUGCGACAGCGACGGCGUGCACAUCAUCCGAGGUCACAGCUUAUCCUCCACGCCCCUGGUGACCCUGUGUGGGGAUGAGGCCCUGUCUCCUGUCACCAUCUCCGGGCCGGUGCUGCUUAACUUCUACUCGAAUGCACAUACCACAGAUUUUGGAUUCAAGUUUUCCUAUAGGAUAACCCCCUGUGGUGGCACGUUCAACCUCUCCUUUGGAAUCAUCAAGAGCCCUUCCUAUUCCUAUUCCAACUACCCUAACGAUAUGCACUGUCUGUAUACCGUCACCGUCAGAGACGACAGAGUGAUCCAGCUCAAGUUCAAUGAUUUUGACCUGGUUCCCUCCACUUUCUGCUCUCAAGACUACCUGGAAAUUUACGAUGGUUCUAACAUCAGUGACCCCCUUCUUGGCAAAUUCUGUGGUUCCACACUUCCGCCAAAUGUGAAGAGCAGCAAUAAUACUAUGUUCCUGGUGUUCAAGACAGAUUCAGUUCACACUGCAAGAGGUUGGAAGAUAUCUUUCCGGGAGACAUUGGGGCCGCAGCAAGGAUGCGGUGGUUAUCUGACAGGUUCAACUCACACGUUUGGCUCUCCUGAUUCUGAUUCAAAUGGGAGAUACGACAAGAAUUUGAACUGCAUCUGGUUCAUCACCGCCCCUGUAAACAAACUAAUCAAACUCACCUUCAGCACCUUUGCUCUGGAGGCAGCAACGAGUUUGCAGAGAUGCAUUUACGAUUAUGUCAAGUUAUAUGAUGGGGAUAGUGAAAAUGCCAACCUGGCAGGAACAUUUUGUGGUUCCACCGUACCUGCUCCCUUCAUCUCUUCUGGAAACUUUCUUACAGUUCAGUUUGUCAGUGACUCAUCUUUAGAAAGGGAAGGAUUUAAUGCUACCUAUACCCUCCUGGACAUGCCUUGUGGCGGAACAUAUAAUGCAACUUGGACCUCACAAAGUAUUUGGUCCCCCAGUUCCUCAGACCCAGAUGUCCCACUGACCACCUGCACUUGGGUCAUCGAAGCGCCUCUGCAUCAGCAAGUCGAGAUAACCGUGUGGACAUUUCAGCUGCACUCACAGGACUGCGACCAGAAUUACUUAGAGUUUCGGGACCCCCCAGAGAGAAAUGGAAAUCCAGGAAUUCGGUUCUGUGGCAGAAAUGCUUCAGCUGUACCCACGUUUUAUUCUUCCCUGAGCACCGCGAUCAUCAUUUUCAAGUCUGAAGUUUUCAACACAGACUCUAGAGUGGGUUUUACCUACCGGAUUGCAGGCUGCAGCCGCGAGUACCAGAAGGCGUUCGGCCGCCUCCGGAGCCCCGGCUGGCCGGCCGGCUACGCCAGCGACGCGGACUGCGCCGUCGUCCUCAGGGCCCCCCAAAACCACACCAUCUCCCUUUUCUUCCACGCCUUCGGCCUCGAGGACUCCGGCGGAUGCACGCGGGACUUCUUGGAGGUAAGAAAUGGAAGCGAGAGCACUUCGCCACUGCUUGGCAAGUACUGUGGGACUCUGCUGCCAAAUCCCAUUUUCUCUCAGAGUCGUGACCUGUACCUGCGGUUUAAGAGCGAUAGUGCAACUUCGGGUCGUGGCUAUGAAAUCAUCUGGACCUCAUCACCCUCUGGCUGUGGCGGGACUCUUUAUGGAGACAGCGGCUUGGUCACCAGCCCUGGCUAUCCCGGCACUUACCCCAACCACACUCACUGCGAAUGGGUCAUCAUUGCUCCUGGUGGAAGACCUGUCACUGUCAGCUUUUCCUUUAUCAGCAUUGACGACCCCGGAGAGUGUGUCCAGAACUACCUCAUGCUCUACGAUGGACCUGAUGCAAAUUCUCCAUCCUCUGGACCAUACUGUGGCGCAGACACGGACGUAGCUCCCUUCGCGGCCUCCUCCCAUCGGGUCUUCAUCAGGUUUCACGCCGAGGCGGCGGCCCGGCCGUCGGCGCUCCGCUUGACCUGGGCCAGCUGAAUGGCCUGGGGCGGCCCUGGUUCGUCCCGCGGGGGCCGGGCCCUCAGACCUCAGGCUGGACAGAAUUCUGCCGCCCUGAUCCCUGACCCCCUAGCCUGUGCCACGGAGAAGAACGUGUGUGCUGUUCAUCAAAGUUGGGGAAUCAGUGUUUGUGUGUACUUUUUGAACGUGGGAUGUAGCUUCUUUAGUCUCAUACUUUGAGCCAGAAUUGUCUAAAACCCCUUUAAGAGUUGGAAAUGAGUAUGGCUUAUGUGCGGUACAUUUCCAAAAGUUAAUUAAACAGGACAAGUACGAUGUUCAGGGUCAGUGUCAAAUCGGGGGUGAUAAACUGUUGAAAUUAAGCCAUGAUGCUGCGUUUAUGUUUUUUUUAACUCAUUAAAAUUUGUCUUUCACUAUGGGGUAUGUA